UGAAUGAAGAAUACAGAAUCAUAAUAUCUAAUCUUACUAUCCUACUCUGUGCAACUCGAUGCUCACCUCAUAGCAGUAUGGAUUGUCGUUUGUAGCCUCGAUGUCUGAGAGCACCAGAACCCCACUCUCCUUGUUAAGGGGCGGUUGAUCAAACAGGAUGCACCUGCGACUUUCAUAUGAUUGACAUUGUUCUUCUUGUUUUUUCUUUCUUGGUUGUUUCUUUUCGCCUUCCACUUGGGAUGAUCUCUCUUUUUCUUUUUCUUUUUCUUUUUCUUUUUCUUUUUCUCCCUUUCCUCUUGCUCGGAGAUGUUCCCUCAGAUGAAACACAGUUUCCCCCACACUAUAUCGUGGCUCUAAUUAUAACACCAGUGAUGACCGAAAUCAUCAACAGAAGGGACCAAAAUAAAAUGAAAUAAAAAUCCCAACAAAAAGGAAGUGAAAAAGCAAUACUAGAUCUGAUACAAUGC